UUCUCGCGUACGUUGAAAUGUCCGCGUACUCCUAAGAUUGAGUGAAUUGAGUGUCCGCGCGCGGCUAUCGACAUCGACCUCGACGAGGACGAGGACGAGGACGUUUGCUCCGUCGUGGGAAGAAACCCGCAGAAGUAACUGGUGGCGACAACGGCCAAUAAUGCGCAUACCAGACGCGUGGAAACGGCAACGCGAGCGACGAUAGCUUUAGAUCUCAAAGAUUGCUGUAAAUCAGGCUGCAAAGUCCUGCAGCAUGAAUAAUCCUUAUCGAGCUAGACCCGCCAGAUCUCGGGUGGAUCAUUCAGCCACAUAUGGAAUGCACAACCAAAAUAUGUGGAUACCCAUGUUUGGGUCUCAAUCGGAUGUCCCGCCGAAUGAUACCACCCAGCAAUCUCUUGUGAACGAAUCAAAACAUGCGAGUGAUACAUGGAAGGAUCCCUGGGAUUGGAAUCUGGACCAACAGUCUGAUACCCAGCAGCAGCAAUCACCACCGCAGCAACCACCAUCACAGCAACAGCAUUACAUACCCUCGUAUCAGAAUCAAGGACAGCUGAUAUCUGGUUCUGUGCAAAACCAUUAUUACAAAAAUCUUAAUGGUAAUACAUCCGAUGUACUUAAUCAGAACUCCGUAUCAGGCAGAAACACUCCUAGGUCGGAGCCUGCUCGUCAGACUGGGUCAAAUUACACGGAUUCUUUCCCGCCCUACGCGAACUAUAAUCAAAAUCAGCAGUAUCCGUUGCCGCCUCGACAGAACAACACGAAAUCCAGUUAUGAGCAUGCUCAAUGGCCGAACGAGCAUCAAUCGUCAAAUGCAGCUUAUACUCAGCAAAGACUCAUGCCGCAACAGAGCCAGAAGGAUCAACCACCAUUACAUCCACCAUCGACACACCCACCAUCGACACACCCAACAUCAACACAUCUAUCACCGAUGGCGACGCAUAACAGUUAUAACUGGAGUAAAGACGACACAACAAACUUACCAUUACAAUGUAAUUGGCAGAAUCAUACUGAUACUCUAGGUCAAGGGCAGGAUCAAAACAUGUCGCAGGAAAUGCAACAACCAACAGUCGACAAUAUGGGCAAUCAGUGUGCGCAACCAUCGCAAAUAUACAAUGCGCCUAUCGAGGGGGUCAAUAAGGAACAUUCCAUGAACUGGUCUACCAAUGAGCAACAAAGUAACGAAGCGAGUAAUAAGUCUAAUGUUGUAUCGAAUCAAUGGCAUAAUCAAAAUCGCGAGUCCCAUCAUCAAUCCACGCAUUUAAUGCAAACAAAUAACGUAGAUGACACAUUUGCUUCUUGGCCACAGUCGGGCAAUAUCAGUGCCUCGCACGAUUGGAGACAUUCUAACGUGCAAAACGAAUCUGUACAUUCUACGCAAUGGUUACAGCCAUCGAGUGCGGAUAACAGUUCGUUCGCGCAGAACGUAUCACAAAAUAAUAACAGCGUUAGGUUUGCUGUGAACGAAUGGCAACAAGUGCACAUGGCGCCAUUCCACUAUACUCCAGCAUCUACAACUGUACCUACAAGCGUAGAAAAUAUUGUACAUACACCCAAUAAUAAUGAACAAGAGAACGAGAAGCAAGCAGCAGUAGCAGCUUCUAUCGCAACUACUGUGUCGCCUCACGAUUCAAUCAGUCACGCAAAAUCGAGCGAUAUUAAGUCAUCAAUUGGAGAUCAUCAUAAUCUAAACAUACUGACUGAUGAUACACCGAAAAAUGAUCUUUCUAAAACCAUUCUUAGCGAAAAAGAUGACCGUUCUUUUGGUUCUACAGCAGCAGAGGAAUUAACCAGCAGUUUUGGUCAUCUUAAUCUUAGUAGCAAACCGGGAAAACACGUGGAUCUUUUGGGUGAAUCAUUAGAGGUACAUUCGAGCUCCGUUCUCCAAGAAGAGAGAGCUCAACAUCCUCCUAAUUUCAACGUUGUGAGUAUCCGCAGUUCUGUUCCCGAUAAUAUGCCUGUGCUACCUCCGGAUUACGCGUCAAGCGGUAUAGAGAAUUCUCAUUCUGUCGAUAGCCAACCAAUUGUCGGUCAAGAUCCUCUAAUAUCGAAUACAUAUCAAAGUGGUGCUACUAAAAUAGUGGAUAGUAUCUCGCAAAGCAGUUAUGAUCAAUGGUACAAUCAAAAUACGUUGGAGAAUGCAUGGUAUGCGAAGGAUCACUCACGUCCACCUCCCAAACAGUGGAACACUCCUGAGCAGAGUGUAGAGAACUAUGAGAACAUCCAACAAUCAUCCGAUUUCAUAAAUGUCGAGGUUGUUGCGCCUGCAACGUUGAAGGAACGUGAUAUUUAUGGUUCGCGAGAUUCUAUAAACAAAGAAACGUUGGACAAUGAUCCCAAACAGAGCACGAGUCCCAAAGAAGCGACGAAUAUUCGGGAUUUCAGGGAGGAGGUGAACAACGUUGAAGUGCUAUCGGUGCAGCAACAGCAGCAGCAAACUCGGUCUCAUCCACCUUUGACGGAACAAAUGCCAGAUAACUACGAAUUCGCUUCGAAUGAUAGAAAUACAUUUUUAGAGACUGGCGAGUUGACGGAUUCACAUCAGGAACACGAACCAACGCCACCGAGUCAGGAUGAUGAGAAUGAUGAAGUGCCUAACGAUAUUCCCUUCCUGCGCGAAGUACCAGGACAAUCGAGUACCAUAGAUCCACGCAGGAACGAUCCUACAGGUCAGGAACAUCAUGUGCAGACUGGGCAACGUCUGUCCGAUCCUAGGAGGAACGAUCCAUCGGGUCACGUUCUUCCGGGGCAAGAGAGAAAUGUUCCUUUGUUAUUACGAGGUGAUACGGAUACGCUAGAACGACGGAAUGAUCCUUCAGGUAGAGAACGCUCUCUUCCACCGCAACAGCCCCUUCCAUCGCGGAAUGAUCCAUCAGGUGAAGAGAGAUAUCAGCUGCAGUCGCAGAUAAUGAUGGAGCCGAGUGAGACUCGUGAAGUGCUCGGCAGGGGCAACGAGCCCGACGAAGUUGCGCAGCAAACAGAGGCGGAACGUAGACAGAUACCAGGCGGAGCAUCUUCCAACGAUACGCAGUUGUCGGACGACAGGACAACAGGUGGUAGAGUUGUUACUGGUUCUCCUCCGGAGGUUCCUCCACCGAUGUCCGCGAAGCAGGAUCAAGCGAGUGAAUCGCGAAAUAAACGUGAGGAAGCGGUAGGCGCAUCUUUGGAGAGCGAAAGCCAGGGCAUCUCCAGCUCCUCGAAUCGACGGGAUUCCUAUGAAGACGAAGAAGAUGAGGGAUCUCGCAAUAGUCGGGACGAAAGUAGGGAGAGACGACGAGAAACAAGUGAAUACGAGGACGAUUAUUAUUACGAACGUCGACGCGCGGGCGAUAAUGAACGUCAGUAUAAUGCCCGCGACGACUUCGAACGACGGGAUGUUCCGUAUCGCGAAGACGAACGUAAGCAUCACAGUCGCGAUGACUUGGAUCGACAUGGUAGAGACGAUAUGGAUAGAAGAAUCAGGGGAAAAGAGGAUCUAGAUGAAAGGGACAGUAGGAGAAGACCAGAUGAUCGCAGAAGAGACAGAGGCGAUGACAGAGAUCCACGUCGUCGAGAUAGAGAUCCAAGAGAUUAUGAUGCACGAUAUUCUAGAGAUCCUAGAGAUAGAGAAUAUAUGGAUCGUGAAAGGAGAAGGGAUGAUAGACGAUCACGAAGAUACGAAGAUUAUGAUAUUAGAGAUCCAUAUAGAAGAGACUACUACGAUGAUCCUUAUGGAAGAAGUUCUAGGCCUUCAAGUAGAUCUUCUUACAAUGAUAGAGACCGUGAAUACUACAUGCGUGCGAGAGACCCUUAUUAUGCAUACAAUGGAUACAGUGGAUAUGAUUAUAGUGCUCAUUAUGGUAACAAUUAUUACGCAUAUCUUGAAAACUUACGUCGAACGAAUCCUGCUGCCUAUUCCGAGUGGUACCACAAAUAUUAUGCGAAUCAACAUCAGCAACAGCACAUUGCCAGAGGAGUCAGUAAUUAUCCAGAGGAUAGAGCCAGUGUUCAUUCUGGCCGUAGCUCCUGCGAUGACAGGACUACUGGUGAUAAACGAACAUUGGGUGAUAUGUCCUUAGAAGAUACGAUAAUUACUUCUGCUCGAUUGACACCGACUAAAUAUUCCACGUCUCAUGCAUAUGGAUGCUUUUCCAUUGGAUCUUUGAUCCAUGUUCAUCCUAGUUACCCAGCUGAUGGUGAAAGAGCUAAAGUGGAUAUUUUUCGCGUAGAUAGCUUACUCUCGCAUGAUCCCGUUGCACGCGAUUUACGAUUAUAUCCAGGACCUCUAAUUAAUGGUGUAACGCAUAAGAAGACUAUUAUAGAAUAUUGCGAAAAUAAAAUUAAAAAAGCAGUGAUAAAUGAAGAAAUGAUCGAUCGCGCUUCAUACAUCUUGCUAUACGAACUGAUGAUUAUGUUAAUUCAACAAAAUGGAAACGUUGUUGGCGUCGAUAUUGCUGGACUCUUAUUGCGUAAUAAGGAUGCUUAUCCUUACGAUGCGAAUAAGUUCAGAUCUCAAGAUAUAGGACGCAGAGAAUCGCAAAUAUCGCAACGUUCUGGAGCAACGGGCAGCGACGGAAGUACCCAGGACAUUUCAGCAUUAUCCGAGAAAACUGAAACCAAGCAACGAAAAACCGUAGAACAAGUAACAGAUGAAUUCAGAGAUACGUUACUCUAUGGACGGGUUCAAGAAGCAUUAGAGUACGCAAUGAACGAAGGACUUUGGGGCCACGCUCUCUUCCUGGCUAGUAAACUGGAUAAACGCACGCACGCUUCUGUAAUGACUCGUUUUGCAAACAGUCUGCCAUCACACGAUCCACUGCAGACCUUGUAUCAACUGCAUUCUGGUCGUAUACCUGCUAUAGUUACGUGCGUCGCGGAUCCGCGCUGGGACGAUUGGCGGCCUCAUCUAGCUAUGAUUAUAUCUAAUACCUCGACCAAUCCAGAAGUUAAUCGCCGAUCAAUAACGACUCUCGGGGAUACAUUAUUCGCGAGGGGCGACAUCCAUGCCGCACAUUUUUGUUACAUACUCGCGCAAAUUGAUUUCGGCGCUUACGGAACUAAUGGAGUUAAACUCGUGUUAAUCGGCGCUAAUCACAACAAGUCGUAUUCUGAAUUCUUUACCAUGGAAGCUGUCAUGUUAACAGAAAUUUAUGAAUACGCUCGGAACCUUAGCGAUCCGCAUUUCACAUUAGUAGAUCUUCAAACAUUCAAAUUUGAUCUAACUGUAAAGAUGGUGGAUUGUGGAUUAAUAGAAAAAGCUUUAUUGUAUAUCGAACAGAUUGCAAUAAAUAUCGCAAACGAUCCAUUGAAAUACAAGAAAUCCUUCAUCAAAGCGGUUCAUAUAUUAGGCGAUCGAAUCAAGUAUCACGAUCCAGUCUAUAAGGAUGCUAUCGAAGAUGCUGCGAAUGUUACGUGGCUUAACAGAUUAGCGGAGAUAGUUGGAAAAUAUCAGGAUGAACAGGUUGUCGAAGAUGAAACAUAUGGUUCUCGUACUAUAGAAAAUCAGGAAAUUCAUGAAGUAAAACAUCAGCAACAGCAAUCUUCGCAACUACCAUUAUCAUCACAACAACAAUGGAACACUAUCCAACCCGAUUACAAUGACGGGCCUACGUCGAUGAUGGAAAUUAACACGAAUGAAAUGCAAUCAGAUUGGCAACCAUUAUCUUUGCCCACGAACAUUCAAGAUACAUACGAUCCGAAUGCGCAAUAUAUGAGAAACGUAGACGAAUCUGUUCAAUAUCAGCAGUCGCAACAACAGGAUUAUUGGAACCAGCAGUCAUAUUAUCAAAAUAAUUAUGGAAGAAACGAAUCUAUACAGUCUAAUUGGCAGCAACAGUCUGCACCAGGCUUAACUGAUCAGACUGAAGUAACUAAUUCGCAACAACAAGACAAAUGGAACUAUGAGACGGAAAGAGAAGACAAAACACCCACACCUGAACCUGCGCCAACAAUUUCUAUGACACCGUCAACGGGUAAACAAUAUGAUCCAUUGGAAGAAUUAGAUGCGCUUGAGACACCACGACAAACUGCUAAAUCUGCGGCGGACACGAAGAAAAUAACCGAAAAAACGGCUGAAAAGAAAUCUUCCAACAGUGGUGGCUCCUGGUUCGGUGGUUUAUUCAGUAAACUUGCGCCCAAGCCGAAAAAUCAAAUGAUAUUGCCGGACGAUAGCAACCCAACGAUUGUAUGGGAUCCAGUCGCGAAGAAGUGGAUGAACAAGGAUGAGGAUGGCGACAGCGGUACCACGGCAUUGGCCCCACCGCCGAAAACAGCCGACAUGAGUUUCCAAGCACCGAUAGUGGAGCGCGUUCCACAGCCAUCUUUACCAAGUGCACACAACGAGGAUAUAUCAGCGGCGGAUAUUUCGAAAUUGCCUACUGGUAGUAAUAUGUACAAACUGCAAAGGGGUAGGAGUAUGCGUGCUAACUACGUAGACAUAAUGAAUCCGAGUGGAAAAUCCAAAAGUAGCGCGGCAUCGUCUAAUGUGGCCACCCCCAUGACGUCUCCACUCGUACCUAUAGCUACUUCAUCCCCGCAGGUGUUGGUACCCGCGCCAAUUAAUGAUCCAACCGCUCCUGUGGAUUUCCUGACUCCUGCAGCAACACCGCCGUCUGGAAACAUCGCGGAAAAUACCCCACUCUCUCGCUGGAGCUCGACCAGCUCGUUAUCACGAGAGGUGCAGAGCUACACAAUGAGGGAUCCGCGGCUCCUUCAACGGAACAAGGGACCAAUGAUGUUCAACCCGAGUGACAUGAAGGAUCGUUCGGUGAAGAACAUGCCACCUAGCAGAUAUCAUCCACGAUAAUUUUUUUGCAACAGCUCAUGAGAAUAAUUUGUUAUUUAAAUUAGGAAGUUUCUUAUAUAAUUGCAGUUGUAUUUAAUGUGAAUAUCUGUUCUUGUACAGAAAAAUCGUGACAACAAUAGUAUAUUUUUAGAGUGAUGCACGGUGCAUACAGUCUCUUUCGAAAGGGUGUAUACGACGUAAGAAUCCAGAAGAUACGCGUCUUUUUAUACGCACUUCACAUAUUCGAAUUGUCUAGUUUAAUUUUUACAUUUGAAAUUUUGUUCGAGUUUGUUAUAUUUAUCAUAUCGAAUUAAAUAUUACAUUAAAAUUUAUUUAGAACAAGAUUCCCACGCGGAAUAUAGGAAAUAGAGAAGAUAAUUUAGCAAUUGCAAUAGGCGUAGAUAAAUUGUAUCCGAGCACGUAUAAUGAUUUGUAAACUUAAAGUUUCCAUUGUACACUUUUCAAUUGAAAGAAUACGCUCCUUUCAGAUUAAUUCUCACGGAAUGUUAUUUCGUGUGCAGUGUAAUGAAUUUCUUUGAAAGUUACGCACCGAUUUCCGUUUUAAUUAAAUACGUAUUUCCAUCAGAUGAUUACUUAUGCAUUUGCUAAUAGUUAAUCAUCGUUUUGGAAGUGUGCGAGUGCAUUCCCGUUACUAUGUUCGUUUAGCUUGUAAGUAAAUUGUCAUCGGUACCGGACUCGAUAUUACGCGAAGAUUCAAGUUCUGCGAACUCGAAUUAUGUGAGUGAGAUGUAAAGUUAAUAUUUUUACGUGCAACCUGUAAUCGGAGAUCUAUCUAAGUUAAAAUUAUAAAUAAUCUCGCUUCGAAGUGUCUUGUAAAUGUGUGACGAUAGAGAGAGGAUUGUAUGCUGAGAUUAUAUAGUUUAACUAUAUCGCAGAAUUUGUUACAACACGGCCUCAGUAUGUGCUGUAAUUCUAAGUCUGAUUUUAUAUGUACGGAAGAGAAGAGAAUAUUGUAGUGCCGAUAAAUACGAGAUGUUAGGGAUAUGAGAAUUUUAUCGAGGGAAACGGGGGGAAAUAGCGCAUUAAGUGUAUGAUAUGUAGGAAUACCGUUGUUAGACGUCGGGCUUAUAAUAUUACGAGAUAACAUUGAUACACCAAUAAAUACGCAACUGCCAUCAACGUACAGAUAAUGUGAAAUGAAUAACGAGUUUGUAUUGCGUUUCCACUGGUUCAAUCGCGUUAGAUUUGUAAGAUAACGUUGGCGUCUAUCUUCGCGAGGAAUUUGAUAGUUGCAAGUAUUGAUAAGGGACAGUAAAGGAUCCUAGCAAAGAAUAGGCCGACGGUUUUGGUGUACGUUGAAAUGUCUCUAUCGGAAAAUAAAUGUCCUGGGAGAUAUAUAUUUUUCGGUGAAGAAUGAGUACCUUUGCAAGUAAAGGCUUUUUACUGGCUCAAUCUAUCGUCGCCUUGCGCUUCGUCCUAUAUGGAUACUGUUGAUCGUUCAAUUUUAGAAUCUUUUGUUGAAAAUAUUAUCGAUUAUGACGGUUUUCGUCUCGAUUUUUCUCGCUGAUAAAUGUCCCGUAAUAUUGUCAAGUAAGAUUGAGAAAUUCUCCAUAGAGUAUUUCGGAAACGAUAGCAAAUUUCUGACGCAUAGAUAUCCAUUGACCACAAAUAGAAGGGAUUGGUUCUAAGGAUAAUUUUUGUAAAUUGUGACACUCGUAAUACAUUUUAUAUCUGUGACAUACGAAUUAGGUAUAUCUUAGAUGCAUAUAUUAUAAUAUAUUAUGAUAUUAUAAUAUAUAUAUUACAACACACAUGUUGAUAAAGUUGCAGAGAUGCCGCGUGUAAGUUUUAUAUAUAUAUAUAUGUAUACGUGAACUCUAGAUUUGUACAUAUUCUAAAUGUAGCUUUCGUAAACUUGUCCUAUCGCAAUUGUUUAUAUAUAGAGAAUUCGCGCUUGUUUUUUAAAUACCGAGACAUAGAAAUGGAUCCCGUGCUAUACCUUCGCCGAAAUGUAACCAGAGUUCUAUUUGUGGUGAAUGACAGCUUAUUGCGACCAACAUCAUCGUUAGUCAUACAGUUGAUCGACGAUAAACUUUCGUCGAGAAAUCUAUGCAGUCGUUACAGCUGAAAUAUGCACGUUUCUAAUCCUUACACAUGAGCUUUAAGUUGAGAAUUCGAGUGGCGAUGCAGAAUGUGCAAUUAAACUAUCGUCUCUUUUUCUUAUUAUUUACCAUCGUUCGUUCGCAACAAAACAACUCGAAAAAUAUUAAUGUAAAAUGCGAAUGCGGUUGGCUCUCGCUCGAGAUAGAGCUCAAAACGGUGAUAUGUCGCAGUGGGACGGCGAGCGAGAAAAAAAGAAGAUUUUAAGAUUAGCGUUAAAGUUGAACAGAAGUAUUAAUCGAGCUGUAAUUGUAAUGUAUGUAUAGGCCGGUUUAUGGAGCGACGCGAUUUCGUCUUUGAUGUAACAUAUUGCUAUAUACUGUUCACGCAUUCUGAAAUUCCAAGUUGAUGUACGUUUAUGGAGAAUAAAAUUGCGGAUUACAAUGAUAAUAACAAUAGUGAUAAUCUAUACCGUAUAUUAUUAAUAUUAGGAUUCAUUGUCAUAAUUAUAACUAUUGAUAUUAUAAUAAAGAAUAAUACAAAUUAAAAGAUUAUUACAUCAAUGAUUACUUAGCAACUAUGGGACGGGAAUGCGGAGGGAGGGGAGGGGGAGGGGGGGAGAUUAAACAAUCGGAGACGCCGUUGUAUUUUUCGAUCCUUUUAUUAAGUUUAUCAUAAUGCUUCGAAUCGAUACAAUGAUUUCUGUGGUAUACUGUCGUCUUUCGGGCCACAACGUCGACGAUCGUCUCUCCCGCGCACGAACGUAUGUGCCUCUGAGAUCAUCAUACACGAAAAAUGCGUAUACGAAAUCGGCGACCAGCGGACGCCGCGCGGUGUAUUUCCGGUGUGUAAUAUGCGAAGUGAGUAGGCGCGCUCUCGCGUUGUCGAAACACGAAGAAAUCAAUCCAAAAAUAUCGUCGUCUCUGUGGGCGCGACACCGGGGGAUCAUCGGGCAAAUUGGUCGAGUCGGGCAGACGGCGGGACGAGGGGAGGGGAGGGGAGGGAAGAGGGGGAGAUGUGAAGGAGCGAAUUACAGAGAGGGGUGAUACGGCUGUUCUUUAAGCGACGACAGUUAACGCCGUGACACCGAUGACACUUCGAGAGGCGAAAAAAAAGAAAAGAAAGAAAAAAGGGGGAGGGGAGGGGGAAAAGACAGUUAAAUGCAGUUUAACAAUCAGCGUUCUUAUCAGCGUGCACGUCGAACGUGUACGGCCGUCUCUCGUUAUUUCUACAUCUUCUGCCUCCUUUUUUUUCUCUCUCUCUCUCUCUCUCUCUCUCUCUCUCUCACUCUCCGCUAUCGCGUGUAGACGGAAGUCGGAGAGGGUGAUGGGGAUGGCGGGCGAAGGAGAAACGGAGAGACCUGGGACGUCGAGGGUGGAGAAGGAUGAGGAGGAUAAGGGGAGAGGAAGAGAAGAGCGCACGAAGGAUAUAAAUAUAUAAUAAUAUCUUAUACCGCGCGUAUUUUCGUAAAGUACGCUAAACCUUAUUCCUUUCUCGUCAAUCUCACUCGCGCGCACGCACGCACACACACUCUCUCUCUCUCUCUCUCUCUCUUUCUCUCUAGCUCUCUCGCACGUCGCGUCGGUAUUAUCGAUCUGUAUUUCUUUUUUUCCUUUUCUUCGUUUUGUUAUCGUUUCAUUUAUUAAAUGUAGAGUAGAGCCUAUAAAGGGACGCCCGGAGGUGCACUCACAGCGAACCCCGGGCGCGCUUUUUUUUUUUUUCUCGUAUACUAGCUGUGCCGGAACGCACUUGUACUGGUCGCACGAUCGGCGAAGGAUUCGGCUAAAGAUGACCAUGGUCGUCGAGACCGAGAUCGUUAUACAAUGUUUUAAACGUUGCGUGUUUAAAAAGAUCAACAGCGAAAUAUACGUCUCUCUCGAAAACGAGCGAGUCAAGAUCGUCAGAUCCCAGAUUGGACCCAGCAUUGUGCAUGAAUGAACGCGAAUGAACACGAGCGAAUUCUAGUUCUACUUCAAGGAAACACGUUAGGUCUUUUAUCAUUAGGGCAGAGCACGGAUUCUUGCAUAACGCAUAAGGUACAAGAAAAUCAAUCCCAACCGGAGUCUCUUAUUUCAUGGAAAAGAAGAUGAAGGGCUUUGAUUGGUUCAUUUUCUUAUGCAUUAUGCAAGAAAACUGUCCCCUCGUUCUUAGGUUGAAGAAAAAAAAAAGAUUGUUACGCUCGUUCGUGUUCGUUGCAAACGUUCGCUCGCAAUCGUUCGUUCUUGCUAGCCUGGAUCAUCUGGAUCCACACGAUGAACAUAUGCGAGUUGCACAAUAAUCCGUAUUUUAUCGCUAAAGAUUUAACGUUCAUCCGGACAGGAUUCGAUUGAAAUAAGGACGAAGGUGAAUCAAUAAAAGAACGAGAAGAGAACUGUAAUCGGCAGCCAAUCUUUAGCCGAGCGAUUCGCUCGCGACAUAUUAUUUAACAACAGAGUUUAACCACCUAAUCGCUCGGAGGAUACUCGUAACUCCUCAUCUUCGCCUCGGCUUUGUUUAUACAGUGAAUAGGAUAUAAAGAUCCUUUUUUUUUUCCUCGUUUUUACCUACAUGCUAGGCAAUAAGUGAUCCAAAUUUGCAAUUCAUUACGAUAAUUAAAUCGAUGAACGAUAAACGGAAAGAAAGAAGGCAAAAAAUUCCAAGGUGUGAAUCGUUUGAAAAAAAAAAAAAAUGAAAAAAACAUACAUCUGUCUUUUUUUUUCUGUCUCGAGUCGACGAUAAACUUUAAUAACCCAUAGAUACUUAUUAUCAUCAUAAUGAUACAAUUACAGUUUGCGAUUAUCACAAUGCGAGAACCGCCAAUAAUAAUAGUAAUAAUAAUAAUAAUAUCAAUGAUAAUAAUAAUGGCAAUAAUAUAAUAAUUAAAAAUAAACUAGUUAAUAACUAAUAAUAAUAAUAAUCUUCGCCAUACUAAUUACCAUCGUCAUUACAAUGAUUCAUUUAGCCGUUAUGGUUGCCUAUAUACUAUCCUCUUUUAUAUAUACUUCUAUAUAUAUAGCUACAAUAUAUAAUAUUUUCGUGUUGAAAAAUCGUAUACAUUAGUGUUGUGUCGCAGGACCAUUGCUUCUCUCUCUCUCUCUCUCUCUCUCUCUCGCUCUCUCUCUCUCUUUCUCGUUCAUUCUCGCACCUUUAUUUCUCUCAAUGCGUCUGCCAUGUAUCAUUCCGCGUUCCGCUAUAUAUCUUUCUUUUGCUGUUGAUGGAUCGCAGAUGAGAAGGGUAAGAAGGGGGGGGAAAAACACUGUCGUCGAUGGCUGGAAGCAUUCGUGUCAAUAUAAAGUCUCCAAGUCAAAAAUUCAGAGAGAAUUGCAGAUCGCGGAAUACUGCGGACUAAUCCGGAGCGAAUCGCAAAUUCCCUUUUCUUUUCUCGCGCAGGCCGUUUAUAGGGCGUUUUGCGCGCGCAUUAAUUCCGCGAAUGCAGAAGCUCUUCGCUUCGUAAAAAAACUUAGAAAUAUUUGUUACGACGUAAUCUCUGGCAAAAUCGCGAGAUGCACGACGUUUCUUGAUACGUCCGUCGAGGUGGGGAUCCCGAUUCCGAGGGCGACGAGGUCUCGCGUCUCGGUCGACAUUAUUAAUUAACGUAACGUGGAGAAUUGAAAAA